AGACGGGUCAUUGAUGAACCCUCAGUGUUCCUUUGUGGGGGAAGAUCCGAAACUAAAAACUAAAACCUCAACCAUUUGAUUUCCAAAUCCAAGCUUAAGAUCUCAAUUCCUGUUAUUUUCUCCCAUUUUCCCAGAAAUCAUACAGAAGGAAAUUUUGUGUAAAAUCGACAUCUGGAAUAUGGGUUUCUUGGUAACAACCCUGAUUUUUGCUGUAAUUGGGAUAAUUGCAUCGCUUUGUACCAGAAUCUGCUGUAACAGAGGUCCCUCUGCUAAUCUGCUCCACCUAACACUGGUCAUUACAGCAACGGUCUGUUGUUGGAUGAUGUGGGCAAUUGUAUAUCUUGCACAAAUGAAACCACUCAUUGUCCCCAUUUUGAGUGAAGGAGAGUGAAAUUCUUCGCACGAGAUCGUUUGCGAGGUUAUCAGUAAACAAGCUGUAGUCAUAUUGAUUGUGGAUUAGCCUCUGAAUUUAGUUGUCAUGUAAUAUGUCUUUCUCAUGUCGUUUCUGUAAGUAAAUCCUUAUUCAAAGCUUGAACUUUGAAUUGGUAUUAUGUUAGCAGUACUUUAUUAUUUGUUUCUCAUUUGUUCCGUUUUUCAUAAAAAAUAGUGUUGUUUCCAUUAGACAUUAUGCAGUUUUGAUGAAAUGAUAUCGAAAAAGAUUACAUUUAUUAAUAA